AUGGUAUGCAGAGAUUAUUUCUUCAAGUGGGUCGAAGCUUUUCCAGUGCCUGACCAGACUGCUCGUGCUACUGCAAAAGUUCUACUAGAGAUAGUUUCACGUUUUGGUUGUCCAUUAUCUUUACACUCAGACCAAGGCAGAAAUUUUGAAUCUAAUAUAAUAGCUGAAAUGUGUAGCUUCCUUCAAAUAAAGAAAACCAGAACAACGCCUAGAAAUCCUAAAGGUAAUGGCCUGGUUGAAAGAUUCAACCGAACCCUUAUCCAGAUGAUUCGUGCUUAUAUUAUCAUGGAUGAUGAAUGGGAUAUUUACCUUAGUUGUGUUACUGCUGCUUAUCGUUCUACCCCUCAGGAGUCUACGGGGUUGACGCCAAACAUGCUGAUUUUUGGACAGGGGGUCCGCCUUUCCUGUGAGGUCGUUUACAGGCCUGAAACAUUAACAAAAGAAUUAACCUCAUCCUAUGGUAACUAUGUUGAGGAAAUAAGAAGUCAACUUAAUAAAGCACAUGAAAUAUGUCGCAAAUCUUUGGGACGAGCAUCUGAACGCCAGAAAAACUUCUACGACUCUAAGGAACAGUUAUUCAGUUGGUGA